AGACGCGUGAGGUGUAUGCUGGGAUAUGUAGUCAGCACCAAGCUUAACACGCCUCUUUUAAGAUGGAAGGGAAACUUUCUUCCUAGGGCCUCGAAGUGUGCUGGUGCUUUGGAGAACCCAGACGUCCGACCAUGGAGUCUUUGUGCUGUGCUGCUCUGAAUGACUUUGUUAACUCUUCUCCCGGUAUGUCCUUGGCAGCGACCGCCCUUCUUCCUUUAGCCCUGCUUUGAUAGUCGGGGCCCCGAAGUCCGGGCUGAUGGACUCCUGGAACCCAGAGCCAGGCCGACAGUGUGACGUUCCUGACAGCGGCUGCGGAUGGAAAGCUCUCGCUCGACCAGGCAUGUGGAGGAAUCUGGCCAACUGGAAACCAAGCAGGAUUCCUAGGCUAAGCUGCUGAUAACAGACUGAGGCUGGUGUGGGGCACAACUGGCCCAAAGUAUCUUAGAAUGGGUGGCAAAAUUCAGACUAUAAGAGUGCUGCCCAUUUGAAACCCAAUUCCUGAUUCCAGGACUGAGAUGUGGCUCCCAGAGCUGAGGGUACUUGGCAGAUGCAGGAAUAAGGAAUUGGGAACAACAAUGAGGACAAGCUUAUUCAUGAGGAAGGACACUGUGAUGGAGAAUAUCAAGGGAUAUGCCCAAGAACAGUGUUACCUAUUUGGGGACUCAGUCUCAAGAAACACAUUCAGAAUCUUAAAUUAGGAAAAUCUCAAGGCAACUGCUUGGUGCCAUAGACUGCCAAAACUUUUGGGGCUGGGUACUACUCCCAGACUGUGAACUCACUGGCCACAGGAAACCUAUGCCUGGUGAGAAAUGUUACAGCUGCACUGAUUGUAGCAAGAGUUUCCUGAACUCUUAACCCAUCAUCUUAACCCAUGGGUUACUCUCUAACCCAUCAUCUUCAAAGUCAUGUUUGUGAGAAGGCUUAAUCCUGUUCCAACUGUGGAAAACAUUUCAGCCAACAUUCCAACCUGUUCCAGCAUCAGCGGAUUCACUAGAGAGAUAAGCCCUACAAGUGCAGGUCCUAUGAGAAAGAUUUUGCUUAGAAUGCAUCCUUCAUCCAGCACAGAAGGGUCCACACUGGCAAAAGGCCCUACCACUGUCCCUAGUAUAGUAAGACUUUCAGUGAAGCUCCAAACUCAUUAAGCACCAGAAAAUCCACUCUGGAGAGAAACCUUAUAUCUGUGGGGAACAUGACAAGGGCUUUAUGGGCAGCUCUCUGCUGCUGGCUCAACAGGGAAUGCAUACUGGGUUGAAGUCCUAUGUCUGUCCCCAGUUGAAGCUGAUAUGCCACCAGAGUCCAUAUAAGUCAUGUAUUUUCUGCUGCUCCAUCUGGGGAGACAGCUUUAGUCAGAAGACCUCCCUUACUCAGCAUAUCUGCCUGCAUACAGGGGAGAAGCCUUUUAAGUGUGGGGAACUAAUCCUAUCCAUUCUAACAACUGUGGGUGUGGCUUUAGAGCGCCAAACUCCACCACCAUGGAACACACACUGGAGAGAAGCCCUACCAGUGCCUCCAGUGUGGAAGACUUCCAACCAACCAUCUAACCUUGCCAGACACCAAAGAACCCAUGCAGUGCAGGUCUGAGUGAGACCUUGUAUAGCUUCUCAGGUACACCUGUGGAACAGGCAUACAUUUCCUUUCCUCCACCCAUACUAGAUUCUAAAGGAUUUUCUUUUACGUAUCAGUUGUCCUCAGAAAUGCUGGGGGUUUUGUAUAUUGGUGAGUUUUUUUUUCUUGUCAUUGUUUUUGGGGUUCUCCCCCCUUUGAAUUCUUUGCUCUCCUUUUUCUUAAAUCUCACAGUCUAUAGAGUAAAGGAAUUAGGCAGAUGGUAGACAAAGGUAUAUUAUUGAAAUAUGUUCUUGGUAUGGACAUGAGCAAUAUAAAGUGAUGUAUUAAUAAUAAUGGCUAAUAGUAAAUUAUUUCUCUUAUACCUUUCUUUUGGGGGGGGGGGGGUAAGAGCAGAUUGAACCUAGAGGCACUGAGCUAAAUCCCCAGCUCUUUUUA